GAAUGCGGCACACCCAAAGACUUCCAAGAUAUUUAAUUUAAUUUAAUGAUAAUAUUAUCCUUUGAAAAAGAAAAAGACAAAUAAUAAAAGUCUUAACGGUUAAGGCAAAAAAAUGUCGAUUCCUGAUAAGAAUAAAUAGGUGAAAGAGGGUUUCGGAGUUUGAUAGAAUGCUAUCAUCGAAAAACUUUCGCUUUUUCUUGGCAUCACUCUUGAUUUCGAUUACCAUUUCUGAGAUCGCAAUCGCAAUGGCGGACCAAUCUUCUCCCAGCAUUGCUGCUGCUACUGCUACUGCUGAACCUGAAUCAGCGGUUCAUAUUGUAUACACCGAACAGCCCCAAAACAACGAGGAACCUGAGUCUUAUCAUAUUCGAACCCUAGCUUCUGUUCUUGGCAGUGAGGAGGCGGCGAAGGAGGCUCUGCUAUACAGUUACAAGACUGCUGCUAGCGGAUUCUCUGCUAAGCUUACUCCGGAUCAGGUCGCCCAGAUUUCAAAACAACCAGGUGUCCUUCAGGUUGUCCCAAAUAGGAAAAUGGUACUGCAUUCAGGUGAAGGGAUGUUACAUUGAAGAAGGAACUUCCAUGGUUUAAGAAAGCAAGUUAUAUACGAGGUUCGUAGUAUAAUGAGUCGAGAUUGACUUGGCAUGCUCUUUUGUAAGCGCAACUUUUAAUAGGCCUAUGUAAUUAGAUGACAUUAAGUGUAUUAUAUUAUUAUAUAUGUGUAUGUGUGGAUCUGAUACAUCAUGAGAUUUAAUCUUGCAGCCUGAAUAAUAAAUAAAUAAGUUGUUUA